AUGAAAUCCAAUACAGUGGAGGCAUCUACUAAAAGUGCAUUCAAACAUGCUUCUAUUCAGCAGCAACAUUUCAAGCAUAUCACAUCUUUGAAUUGGCAGCACCACAUCAGCGGCAAGGACCAAGAGGAUACCCACAUUGAUGGCAAAACUCACAUCACAACGUACAAAGCAACUCGGUAUUUUGUUCCAAAGCAUCAUAGCAAGACAAUGCUCGAGCAUUACCGAGCUUGUCUAUCUACCAUUGAACUGCGCAGUCAGUGGUGUUCUUGGUUAACAAAUACACAUGUCAUUGAAAGCAAAAAGGAGCGCCAUGAGACCAUAACGUCAUUGCAGGGGAAAAUCAUUGACAAGGAGAAUGUUGAGCAUGAGUUGACAUGGCUUGAACAAACAACUCUCACCAAACAAUCAGUGCGAUUCAUGGCUGCCACUGCCGCGCUGGACUUUUUUUGGGCGAUAGAGAUUGAACAUCGAUAUGAUUCUGAUACAACAACAGCAGCACGUGCGACGAUGUAUCUCCAAUGGAUCAAACCUACCUUGGUCACGCCGCUAGUAACAUUAAAUCGAUUGAUCCAGCUGGAUUCUUUUCCUUGGAUUAGUCAAUGCGAUCAAGCCAUCACUGUGAAAAAACUGGAUUACGACAAAACCAACAACAGCAACUGUUGUAUAGAGUACAUCUAUCAACAACAACAAGCUGAUUUGACCUCAUUGCCUCAAGCUGUUACAGCUGUUGAUAUUCAUCAGAAAAUGAACCAUCCUACUAGUAAAUGGAGACACAGUGGAUCAUGGGACCCUCAGCAGCAACAACAACAACAACAACAACAACAAACAGUGCGAAAGAAUAAAUUUCUCGGCUCUUCAUCCCUCAUCUUUACCUCUUCUUCGUCAGUUACUUCAUCACCUCAAUUACAUCCAAUGACUGGCAAUUUCUCAUAUCCAGAUAAACAGCACCAUUAUAUGAUGCCUUGGCUGACAGCAGACGGUGAUGAUGAGAUGGAUAGUGAUGAAAAUCAGCAAAAACUGUAUACAUUGGAUAGAGAUGAGUUGAGGGUGCAAGUAGCUUACAUACCUCAGAUUACGCUUGCGUUGCCUGAGAAACUAGAAUGGUCAGACAAAUUUGCUCAACUCUGCGUGCGUUGCUAUCGCCGUCCAGCAUCCCGCUUGCAUCAACAACAAGAACAGCAAAACGACAGUUACGUGAUACAAAUCUUACACCCACAACAUAUGAUGCAGUAUUUUGUAGAAAAGGAGGAGGAAUCCAUGCGAUUAGACGAUGAGGAGGAGGAUGAUCCUUUACUUGUCAGUGUUACCAUCAGUAGAUCAGAUAGUCAGAAAUUUUGUGUCAAUCAAAACGAAUGGCCGAUUCGGUCAUGGGCAUUGUCAAGCGAGGAGGAAGAUAUAGAUGAUGAAGAAGAAGAAGAAGAAGAUGAUGAUGAUGAUGAUGAUGAUGACAUAUUCGUGGAUGGCAUGGAGGAACUAGCUCAUGAAUCCAAUGUGACAAGCAGCAUGCAACCACUACCAUCUUGUUCGCCAUUGAUUCAAACGGCUGUGCCGCCCCAGGAUGUGAAGCCAGAAAAGACUGUAAAUAACGAUACAAGCGCAACACCAGCGAUGCAGCCUAUGGCUAGUCUUGAAGAGAAAAACAACAAGCCGACACUCACUGAUUCAAACAAAGUUGAAGCACAACAAGAGGAGCAGCAGGACAUUGAUCUGGAUGAGUACCGAUCACUCGAAAACAAGAUACCCCUGAGCGAUCCAGUAGCACUCCAAAAAGUAGCUCCACAAUUCAACGCCUAUCUGCAACCAUCCACCACCACCACCACAGCAACCAUUGUCCAAUCACCUUCCAAAGAGAAUGGCCAUGUCAUGAUCAAAAAGAUCGAUAUACCCAACCAUCCCUUGGGCGGUUUCCUCAGCGAAUCCACGUGGAAAGAUUGCAGUAUUUGGGACAUCAAAUCCGUGUUGGAGAGCACAGGAGCACGCAGAAUCUGGGACAACACGUUUGACAACAGCGUCUACUUGCAUGCACUCACACCUACCAGCUCACUAUGGCACACCAAGAUGAAGGGCACAUGGCCUGUCAGUGCCAGAGAUUAUGUCUGUUUUCAAGGGCAGUACACCUCACCUUAUCGCAUUGAUCUACUAUCGACAUCUUGUUUUGGAGACACGUUUCAAUACAAACCGUUACCACAGCCUGUCACUGGAUACACACGAGCUACUAUGGAUGUCAUGGGAUGGCGUUUGGAGCGUAUGGAUGAGAAAACAGCCUCUGUGAAGCAAGUGAUGGUAACUCAAUUUCCCACCUGGGUGAUUCAUUAUAUCACCAGUCGCUUUAUUGUGCAAACGUGUGCUGCUGUGCAGAGUGCGAGACAGUAUUUCGAGACAUUUGGUGCACCUCCAAGCUUGGAGCAUCUGACAUGUGCUCAGUUGGUCAAUGUCAAGCACGAUCAUGAGCGUAAGAAUUGGCGAUGUGAAUAUACACGUAGAUCGGGCGCUUCUUCGUCUGAUAAAGAUGCGCAACAAGAGAACGUAGCAGCAAUGACAGACGGUCCACAACAGAGCACGGUAUCGGUAGUGCGCUUGGAUAAACGAAGAUGGGCAGCCAACAACCAGUAUGCUGUCGCCAUUGAUCCGCCACCUUCUCGCGUAUCUGCACUACAAAAAGUAAGUGAUCCCUACGGUGUUUGGCUCACAGUCGAGCAUGAUGAAGCCUUUAUCAUACCUCUGCGUGGAAAGAUACUCGUACUGAUCAAGCCAGCAGACGAGCCCCCUACGAAACAUCCACAGCAACCCAGCGAAUGCACACUCAAUGUCAAUGGCAACACAAUCACAAUUGUUCGAGAGCAGAGAACGCUAUCUAUACCUGAUGGAAACAAGCAAGUCUCAUUUUCGCGAAACUUUUUGAAAGAAGAAGAACAAGGGAUUCUAUCCAAGAUUCUCCCUCCUGAUGAUAAUACCACAGCAUCCUAUGUACAGCCUGCGUCUUUACCCUCUUCUACCACUGCAACAGCAAUCGCGCUGACUGAAGAAGCAAAAAUUGAGGAAGCAUUGAACCAGCUGCCCGUCUCACCAAAGGAGCAUGCUCAAGCAGCCUUGUCUUUUCUGAAACUCACAGAUGAACAAUUCGGAUGGACAGUGCUAUCUGAUAAUAACAAAUCUGGAAUUCGUAUCAGCAAAAAGCCUGGUGUCAAGAAUAUUGCCAGCAGCAAUAGCGAGGACAAAUCCUCAGAAACUGCCACUCACCCUACAUUGCAAGUGGUUGAUCCUUACAUGGUUUACAAAGGAUCCAAAGUCAUUGAGAACUUUUCCAUGGAUGAAAUACGAUCUGUUAUCACUGACAUUGGACACAUUCGAGCACUGUAUGACGACACGAUAGAAUCCAAGACAGAUCUCAUACGACAAGACGACGCAUCUGGCUGCAGAGUCAUCCGACAAGCCAUUAAAGCGUUGUUUCCUUUCAAGAACCGAGAAAUAUAUGCCGUGUCGUGUGUAGCGCAAGAAGAGCUGCUGACAUCCAUGUCGAACACGAAGCGAACGCUGUAUGUCGAGAGCUCGUUGCCUGAUUUCCCGCUGAUUAACCCCAAAAAGACCAGAGGUCAUCUGUUCAUGUCGGGCUGGAUCUUGGAGCCUAUUGAUCCGUACAAUACAACCGCAGCGACAAACCAUCCUAUUCCAUCCACGCGCGUUACCCAUGUCGCUGCCUUGGAUUUAGGUGUUUCUGUGCCUUCGUAUAUUAGCAACUUGGUUGUCAAUAACUGGUUUCCUAAAAAGCUGCAAGCGCUGGAGUCGUAUCUCAAAUCCAAAGGGCCGCCUCCAGUAAUAACCUUGCCUUUUCCAUUGCUCGUCUUUUCUAACAAUACCUUGUCCAAGUCAUCUGCGUCGUCAGUGCAGCAGGAUAACAAUGUGGACUGGAUCUGUAUUAAAUCAAGCUAUGAUGAAAAGCAUCAGUUCAAGGUAACCAAUCGAUUCAAGAUACUGACAGAGCAAAAGAAACCUCGACUAGAAGAAGCGCUACAGCCCACAGCGUCAUCGAGUGCUUCAUUGAUACCACCGUUUCGAAGACCCAGUCAUCAUACAUUGACGCCAGAAACGAGACGAGGCUCUUUGCCAACAGCUGCAUUGCCCAAGAAACGUACUGCGGCUUCAUCCACCGCCGGCACCACCAGCACCACCAGCACCACCAGCACCACCACACCAGCAGCAGCAGCAGCAGCAGCAGCAGGCACUGUACCAUCUACUUCCACUACUAGCGCAUUAUCAAUGAAGGCAACAAACACCACAAACACUGUCACUUAUCGAGCAUUGACAUGUUUACAAGCUACGUUCGAUUUACGUCCCUACACCAAAGGCUACGAAAUCCAAGCACAGCUCUACCAAACAGGUCAAGACAAACGAAAAAACAUAUCCAACAAGCUGGAAUUGAGCAUCUCUGAGCCUCCGCUGUCCAACCUGUUGGAUGGUAACAAGAAGAACAUGAAGCAUACUGUUACUAUCCAAAUCGCGCAAGGAUUACCCGCUGCUAGUAUAUACGAGUUGGAGUUCAGCUUGAUUCCUGUGCGAGAAGAGACCCUAAACAAGAGGCCCACUCAAUUGACGGUAUCUCAUGUUUUAGGAGAGGAUCACACGGAGGAUGGAAGCUGGCGUGGUAUCAUCAUGGUCAAUGAUGUAGAAGCCAGUGUGAAUUCGGAUAUUAAGCUCAAGGCUUUGCACCAUGAUGAUGAGAAUUUGGAAAGCAGUGGCCAUAGUUGUCUGAGCAGCCCAGGAGACAAGAGCAGCCAUGGCGAUGAUGGCAGUGCGGAUUCAAACUCGGUUAUAAAAGAUAUCAAUUCAAUAGAUGGGCCAGAAACUGUGUCUGGUAUAGGAGAGCAGGAGCAGCCAUUCUUUGAAAAGACGAGCGGUACUCCACAUCAAGACAAUCAUUCUAAACAGUACGUGGGUGGUGGCGGGGUCGUGGCCACUGCUUUGGGUAAUGUGUCUGCAGGCGUCAAUAAUUUUGGCGCCCGUAUGAUGAACCCAUUCAGGUCAGCAUCCAAUUCGUUUCUUUUACCAAGCAACAAUAACUCGAUGGAAUCAACCACGCGAGAUGUAUCCUCUUCGGAUGAUGAUAAUACUAGCGGGUCUGGCCGUCCUAGCAGUAAAAGACGGUUCACCAGAGAAGAGAGGCGCAAAAUCAACUCGACGACAAUGACCAUGUAUGAAAUUCGACUACUUAGAAAAUCCUCGGAUACCAUGCGUAAAGGCAUGCUACUGCUGAUGAUUUGCCUCGGAUUAGCAGUUGUGUUUGCAUUACUGAUGUUACAGCCCAUGCUGGAGAGAUAUUAUGCCUCAUUUACUGUCUCUUCCACCAUGGGAUCUUUGAAUCAGUCCAUCCAAGAAGGUGUGGUGCGUAGGCUGAUACAAAUUCCUUGGUUUGGCGGCUGGGAUAUCCAAGUGAUUGCAGUGCGUAGAACAUAG